CGUCAAAAUACUAAUAUGAGAGAAUGUAUAUCUCUUAAGGAACGAUUGUCACUAACUCUGAGAUUUUUGGCUACUGGUGAGAGUUAUAGAAGUUUAGAAUAUUCAACAAGAAUUCCAGCAUGUACAAUUUCUCGAAUAAUUCCUGAGACAUGUCGUGUUAUAUAUGAAGUUCUUCGAGACGAUUACUUGCGGAUACCAACUACAACUGCUGAAUGGGAAGAAAUAGCAAAUAAGUAUCUUGAAAUGUGGAACGUUCGAAAUUGCAUUGUUCCCUCGACGGUCGACAUAUAGAAUUUAAAGUACCAUUCCAAGAUGGAUCAUUUUAUCGAAAUUAUAAGGGAACGAACAGUAUUGUUCUCUUAGGAUUAGUCAAUGCCCAUUAUCAAUUCAUGUAUAUCAAUGUUGGUGUUAAUGGUAGGGUAAACGAUGGAGGGGUGUUUCGUGACAGUGACUUAUCGCAAUUUAUAAAUGAUCCACAAAAUACACUUAAUGUGCCUAGAGAUAAACCA